UCUUCUUUCAGCUAUCGAUGUCCGCGACCAUCCAGUCUAAUAUUUCCCUUCAGAAUCUCCCGUUGACAAGCCAUGACUUCAUUCUACGAGGUCUUUCUGUCCAGGAUCUACUCAGUUCUUCCCGAGUAAACCGUGCAGCUCACUCAACUGUUCAAGACUUUCAUUUACGAGCGUUCCGAAUUGAAAAUGUUCUGAUUCGAUACUUCACAGCCGAACAGAUCAUUGGUUUCAGAAGGAUGCAAAGUUCUACUGGGUGCCUUAUUUCGGGCUCGACAGCUCUCUCGUUCUUUACACGGGAAAUCUACGACGGAAGUGACCUUGACCUCUAUGUUGAAGGGAAAUUCUGUAAAGAGGUCGUCGGCUAUAUCCAGAGCGUAGGGUAUGUAUAUCAACCGUACAGGACAGCGCUCAAACAUCAAGCUGAGUCGGUUGAUGAAACUAUCAACCAGAUGUUGGAAAAGAUGCUGGAUUCAGAUGACGAAGGCGACUUUGAUGAUCCUACAUUUGAGGGUUAUCCGUUGAGCGGGAUUGUGGAUGUUUUUAACUUCGUGAAAGGAGAGAGGACGAUCCAGGUUAUUGCCGCUUACUCCAGUCCACUUGAUGUCAUUCUUUCAUUCCAUUCCACGGUCGUAAUGAACAUUAUCACUCAUGCCAUGGCUAUCUCGUUUUACCCCCGGGCUACUUUCAUCGACAAAAUCUCAUUACGCAACUACAGUGGUGGUUCGAACCACACUCCGGCUAUUGAAAAAUAUUCCAAACGAGGAUGGAAAGUCGUAGGCUCGGUGGAUGCCAUUGCUGCGCUCGAUGAUGAUUCGGCAUUCUCUUCGACAAUCCGAAAUCUAGGGGAUCGUCAUUGCUGGACCGUUUACUGCGAAACGGAACGUGACCCAGAACUUCAGAACUUGCACUUUUAUCAACAAUCGCAAACGUGGAGGCUCACGUUCAAUAACACAGCGGAUGCGAGGAUGGACGAUACUUUGGACUGGGAGAAUUUGAAGAGGGGAUAUUGUGUUGCGCGAGACUUAUUAGAUGCUCUCCCGCGUCACAGUGAAAUUACAUGGGAGGGUGCACGCCCGGACGACAUGAUACAGGACUACCUUCUGGAGCUCCUUGCUCAUGAACGCGACAGUGUAUUACUCACGAAAACAUGCCGAAGACGAAAACAGAUUCAAUCUUUAUUGCUAUCUGCUUUCCGAGACGCCCGAACGAAGUAUCCCCACCUCUCAACCCACCUCUUACCCACCGCGUUUGCAGCCCAGAUCCUGAUGGAACAUCUGGAGCUGGUGUUUCAGACAUAUCGAACACCCCCGAAGGUAGCCUUCACGUUCAAGCAAAAUGUACAAGGACACCUUUGGACCAACGUGAAACUCCAUUUCCACUCACUCAUUGGCUCCCUCCGAGGUUCACACCGCGUUCAAAAUCCUGUCAGACCUAUUGCAAGCGACUUGAAAUACUUGAGCAACUUUCGCAUUAGUUUGGAGGUCGGUUCUCCUGUUAAUUACUAGGUAUAUGUAAACGGAUAUGGUAUAGAGCAUAAAACAAACUGUUUAGGCAGAUCUGCUGAAUUGACACUGAAUCUUGC